AUGGAUUUACAAAACUCUAACGGGUCAUCUGGGUCGGACAAGCAGAAGCCCAGUCUGAUAGACUUGGGGACGUUUUUCGUGGACGCCGACAUCAUUUUUGGAUUUACUAGUCAUCUGUUAAAGCGAAAAGCCAAGGUGGAAGGCUGUUCGAGCGGAGAGUCUUCACUCUCACUUGAGCUGAGCCCGAGGAAGAGACUGUCAGCGGAGGAGGAAAGGUGUGCCAGCAGACCCCCACCUGAAGGCGCAGGAGCCGUAAGCCUCUCUGAAUCCGACAGGGAAGAGACUAAGCCAGAUCUGUGCAAGCAAUGUCAGAUGACUAUAGCUGAACUGAGGAGACAAGCUCUCGCUCUGUCCGACCCUGCUUCCUUUAAGGACCCUGGAUUUGCUUCCUUUAUCAUCGACCAGCUGCAAGUGCCCGAUUGGUCGCUGAAAGGCGGACUUGAAGGAACGAGGUGUCAGGUGUGUGGCACACCUGCACAGCAGCUAAAACAGCAGGCACUGCAGACUCUCCAAGAACUGUACCCUGCUUCUGACAUGCCAUCCCUGCCUCCCAACACCUUCCCUGGGCAUCCCACCAGGCUGAAAACAAACAGCGUGGUCACUCUUUCCUCCAGACCUACCAGAUCGAGGAUACCUCACCCAGCGCACAGUGUCCUGCCUGUGGGGGAGCGGCAGCGUGAGCAAGGCUGGUCUCAGAGCCCAUCUUCCAGCGCUGGGGCAAUGAAACCCAGCGUGCAGGUGACCAUGGGAGGAAGACCUCUGACGGGGACCAUCAGUUCAGUCACCAUUCAAGCCCAGCAGUACUUGGAGGGCAUGUGGAGCAUCUCACGCGUCAAUAACUUCCUGCCUCAGCCAAACCCGACACAAGGCCUCGUAGGUCAAGCAGAGCAGAACGAAUGGCAUUCAGAUACCACCAUCUCCAGAGUGUCCCUGACUCCCUCCAGACAGAGAAGUCCGGGUCAUUUUGGCCAGGCUGUGUCUGCUUCCUCUGAUCAUCCCACUUCAGCUGCGGCAUCCUUUUUCAUCAGGGCUGCUCAGAAGCUGAAUCUGUCAUCCAAACGGAAGAAGCAACAGCCGCCACUGGUAUACUCCCAGGAGCCCUCCAUCUACCCCACUAACUUUAGUGCUGUCCUUCAGUUUUCACCUCCACCUGCUCCACCAUGUCUGCUCAGGGCGGGGUCAAAGGCCAAGGAGAACCCUGGCAUGGGCAAGGUCAAAGUUAUGAUUCGGAUCUGUCCAUCUCUGGGGAUUGUGGAUUCAUCCGAGUCCAUGUCCUUCCUGAAGGUGGACACUCGUAAGAAACAGCUGACCCUCUACGAUCCCUCACUCAACACACAGCCCACCUCAGUGCAUAGACGAGCAGUGCUGCCCGCCCCAAAGAUGUUUGCCUUCGACGCUGUUUUUUCCCAAGAUGCCUCUCAAGCUGAAGUUUGCUCAGGGACAGUGGCUGAAGUUAUUCAAUCAGUGGUUAAUGGAGCCGAUGGAUGUAUUUUCUGCUUUGGUCAUGUCAAAGUUGGCAAGACAUACACUAUGAUUGGCAUGGACAGCUCCACGCAGAGCCUUGGCAUUGCGCCCUGUGCCAUCUCCUGGCUGUUCAAGCUCAUCAAUGAGCGCAAGGAGAAGACUGGCACGCGCUUCUCGGUACGGGUGUCAGCCGUGGAAAUCUACGGCAAGGACGAGAGCCUGCAGGACCUGCUUUCUGAUGUGCCCACAGGAAGUCUGCAGGACGGCCAGUCGCCUGGGGUUUACCUGCGUGAGGACCCCAUCUGCGGCACACAGCUCCAGAACCAGAGCGAAUUAAGGGCUCCCACUGCAGAGAAGGCCGCCCUGUUUCUUGAUGCCGCCAUCGCAGCACGUAGCACCAACCGGCCAGAUGCAGAUGAGGAAGACCGCCGCAACUCCCACAUGCUGUUCACCUUACACAUCUACCAGUACCGCAUGGAGAAGAGCGGCAAGGGUGGAAUGUCUGGUGGUAGGAGCAGAUUGCAUCUGAUUGACUUGGGAAGCUGUGAGAAGGUGCUUUGUAAGAGCAGGGACGCAGGAGGAGGUCUGUGUCUGUCUCUGACUGCGUUAGGAAACGUGAUACUGGCUUUGGCCAAUGGAGCUAAACAUGUUCCAUACAGGGAUAGCAAGCUCACCAUGUUACUGCGAGAUUCCUUGGGGAACAUCAACUGUAGGACAACCAUGAUUGCCCACAUCUCUGACUCCCCUGCCAAUUAUGCAGAGUCUCUUACCACCAUUCAGCUGGCCUCCCGAAUCCAUCGUAUGAGAAAAAAGAAAUCAAAGUAUGCAUCCAGUUCCUCUGGAGGAGAGAGUUCCUGUGAUGAAGGAAGGAUUCGUCGACCACCACAUUUGCGGCCCUUCCAUCCUCGCACUGUGGCCCUUGACCCAGAUCUACCAUCAUUCCUCAGUGAUCCUGACUACUCUUCAAGUAGUGAGCAAUCAUGUGACACUGUAAUUUAUGUUGGCCCUGGUGGUGCUGCCAUCUCUGAUCGAGAGCUCAGCGACAAUGAAGGACCCCCAGCCUUUGUUCCAAUCAUCCCCUCUCUUAACCGUAAGCAACGAGGGAAAGAAGGGCCAGUUGACUGUGAUCACUUCAAAUGUAACACCUUUGCUGAGCUUCAGGAGCGAUUAGAAUGUAUCGAUGGUAGUGAGGAACCUACAGACUUUGUUGGAGAAUCUGGAGGAAAUCCUGCAAGCCCUAAAAUGGACCGUGAUGCAACCAAGCUGAAAGAAGGCUCUGGCAGCAUUUCAGUUUCUCCCAAGACUCCUACCAAAGCGCUCUUAUCAACACAGGACAGCACAUCCAAAAAGUCCAUUACUGUAGCCAGUAAACUGCCUGGCAGUCCAAAACACAAAUCCAAAUUAGAACAUUCCAAGUUGCAAAGUGCCAUAUCGGACAAAGAUCUCAGAGACAUGUCUGAGAGUAGGACAAGUGCAGAUGGUGAAAAGGUGCAAAUGUCAGAUAAUGGAACGCUCCUAUGCACUCCAGGAAAACAAAGUAAACCAACAGUAUCCCAAAACUCAGAGCCUGUGGUUAGGGAAAAGUUUUUUUUCAGUAAAAAGUUACCCAAGCCUGCUCCCCCACCACCACAACAAAAAGAUUAUGUCAGGGUCAGUAGUAGUGAAAGUGAAGAAAAGUCUGCAACAAGGAUACCACCAAUUGGGAUGAGUCAUCAAAAAAGAGGUGAUUCAAAUGAGAACUCACCGGUAAAAGUCCAUCACCUUAAUCCCAGGACUUCAGGGGAAAUGAGGUCCAAUCUUAGGGAAAGGUGCAUGGAGAAGGACAUAUUAAGGACAACUGUAACCCUUAAACAGCCAGUGGAGCUAAAUGGUGAGGAUGAGCUUGUAUUCACUCUUGUGGAAGAGUUAUCAAGGCCCUCCAGUAUUGUGAGUUUCAAUAGUGAUUGCUCACUACAGGCCCUUGCCUCGGGAUCACGACCAGUAAGCAUCAUUAGCAGUAUCAAUGAUGAAUUUGAUGCCUAUACAUGUAAUGUUGGUACCUCAGAGGCAAACAUUAAAGUGGUGGCACCAUUACAGGAGAAAGCAUGUACUUCACUUGGCAGCCGUGGUUCUUCUAUCACUUCAUGGCUUAGUGAAGUAAGUGUCUGUACUCUGGAGAGUGAAGGUGCCCAAACAGUAGAUGUCUUUCUCCCUCAAGGUACUCAUACCGGCCCAGACAGCAGCUUCUACCUUGAUUCUCUUAGGAUGUUCCAAAGCAGCCAUCAAAAGGAACCUAAAAACUCUUUGAAUGAUAGUGGCUGUAGCUUCUCAGAUUUGGACAGUGACAGUGCUAUAUCAGGCAAACUCUCUCUUAGCAAGUGCCCAUCCUCUCCAGAGGCCCCACAACAGUCUGCCAAAAGUUUACCAAAACUGACAAAGGCAAAUACCAUUAAUUUAUCCGAUCCCAAGUCUUUUCAAGAUUCUCAAGUUGUCCAGUGUAGUCUUUCCAGGAAAUUAAAACCUACCUCAUCCACAGCCCAGAGUAGCAGUAUCAGUGGAAGCAGCUCCAGUACCAACUGGAGGCGUGAGCCACCAAGGCAAGACUGCAUACCAGAUCCAUGGCACCAAGUAGAUAGCUCAUUGGAGUCUUCUAUAACCUUUAAUUCAGGUUUGUCCAGACUGGUUAAAAAUGGAAUGAGUGGAAUUCCUGCAAGAAAAGCAGGCACAAGCAGCAACAGUGGAACUCGAUUGCCCAAAACACUAGGGUCAAACCCAUCCCAAAGGGUGGUGGACGGAUGUGAAAAAUCCAGCAACAACAGGAAGAUGGAGUCCCCAAGCAAGAUGCCACAGCUCAGACGAGGCGCAACAACACUCGGGACAGUUCCAGUCAUACAUUCAUCCAUUGAUGUCAAGCUUGCUCAAGAUAUUGGUACCUCAGGAGGAAGUUUAAAGUUCUCCUCUUUAGGAAAAAGUGGAAAGGCAAGCAAGCAGGAGGAGAGUAUGUCAAAACCUGGCAAUUUAUCACCACCUCCUCCUCCAGUUCGCAAAUCUAGUUUGGAUCAAAAGAAUCGAAUCCUGUUUCCCUCAAGUGCCUUAAAGUCUGCUUAUGAGGCAGGAAAGUCUUUAGCACCAAGAGCUACAGGUUUAGAGGAUGAUAUUGAUCUUAGCUCUAGAGGAGAUUCAAAUAGUUUAAGAACAUCUAACUUAAAAUCAGAGCAUAGUUUGAUAAAAGCAACCUCUAGUCUCAAAGCUAGAGGAGCUAGAGGUGAUACAGGACAGCUUUAUGGGAGCCAGAUAUCUCUAGACAGAUGUGACAGUUUGUCAUCUUUGGGGUCGAAACCUGCUCUUAGUCGAGAAAACAGUGGUGCUAGUCUCAACAGCAAGUCAAGCAAGUCUGUUGGUAGGUUUGGAUCACCUGUUGCCACCUCUUCCCCAAUUGCUACCUCUCCACCUUCUUGUAUAAACCCAGUAACCACUGUAAAAAGUGGGAUUGUCAAAGGCAGUCUUAACGCAAGACAAAUACCUGUUAAUGCAAAUAAAGCUCGUACAUUAUCUGCAAGCAACUCCAAAGCCCUGAGCUCAUCCACUAAAUCUCUUGUGGCACCUGCAACAAGGAAUGCCAACCUUCCACCUUCAGGAAAGACUGCAUUACCUCGAGCAACAGUAGGAGGCAAUGGUAAAUCCACAAGAGGAACAAUAAUGGGUACCAAGCAAGCAAUGCGGGCAGCAAACAGUCGUGUUAGUGAGUUGGCAUUGGCCAAUCCUUCUGGGAAACAUGCAAAGGGCUCAGGUGAUUCUGACAGUGGCAAUGACAGUGGAGUGAACCUCAAUGAUGACCAGCAUACCCCAAUCCCCAUUCUCCCAUCCCCAUAUAGUAAGAUCACAGCCCCCAGAAGACCUCAACGCUACAGCAGUGGCCACGGAAGUGAUAACAGUAGUGUCUUAAGUGGAGAGUUGCCUCCUGCCAUGGGACGAACUGCACUCUUCUACCACAGUGGAGGGAGCAGUGGAUAUGAGAGCAUGAUCCGUGAUAGUGAAGCUACUGGUAGUGCUUCUUCAGCCCAUGACUCCAUGAGUGAGAGUGGGAUGUCCUCCUCUGGUCGCACAAGAAGCUCCAAAACACCCAAGAAGAGGUCAAAUGGCCUCCAGAGGAGGCGUCUCAUCCCAGCUCCCUUACCGGACACCUCCUCCCUGGGGAAGUCUGGGACCACGGGUCAGUGGGUGGACCUUCCCCCUAUGUCCGGGCCACUGAAAGAGCCUUUUGAGAUCAAAGUGUAUGAAAUUGAUGACGUGGAGAGGCUUCAGCGGCGAAGACAAGAAAAGACAGAUGAGGGCCUGAUGUAUUUUAACACUAAAUUAAAGGUUCUUGAGAAACAGCAGCAGCAAAUCAGAGAUCUCAAAGCCAAGCAUAAGACUCUGAAAGAAGAGCUGGAGGACACAAAGUCUAGAUUAAUGAUGGAUCCCAGCAAGUGGAUUGGAGAGUUUGAGGUGGAUGAAGGUUUGGAUCAGGAGUCGCAAGAGUACUUGGAGGCAUUGGAGCAGGCUACGGCUGAACUGGAAUACUGCGUCAACCUAUGCAAGUCCCGUGUCAUGAUGGUGACCUGCUUUGACAUCCGAGUAGCAUCUGAUGUGCAGGAAUGACCGUGAGAAGUGGAGGUUUAAGAACAGAAUGUGGUGAUCGAUGGACAGUGACAAAGAAAUGGAGGAAGACAGGACCUUGGAUGUCUGAAAGGAAAGAUAAUGAAAUGUAGCAGCCGGUCCGGCGAUUCUGAGGAAACACAAAUGGAUCAAAGAAUGAUCUUUAUAAUAGGAUGGCACACUGAAUUCUGCAUAAAGUAGGAACUUAUCUUCUGGAGAAGAGAAAACUGUUCUGGUUAUAUGCAGUGCCUCAUAACAAACAUGGAAUAGACUUGCUCAAAUGGAAAGCCAACAAGCUUUGAUGUGUUUGACGCAUUUCCUUACACAAGGAAAGAUAAGAAUCAUUCUCACUUACCGAAGAGUUAUUCAACCACACCACAAAGUGCCUUUUUCAUAUGACUGUUUUGUACAUUUGUUGUCAAUCAUUAUUUUUUCUACUGGUGCUAGUGCUAUGACCAGCAUACCCAAGCCGAACCAUAUUUUUUCUGUUGUUUUAUUGCAUUAUAUAGUGUAUUUAUAUGAUCAUACAGUGUGUGAAAUAUCAUUUUGGGUGCGAAAGGAGAGCAAUAAGCUGACUUUCCGUGCUUUGCCUUUGCCUCCUGAACUAUCACCUCUGUCAGCAUAUUGAUAUUAAACCUUUUGAGCCUUAUGUUGUAUUUGUAGUUUUCUGUCUGAGUGUUUUUUCUACUUUUCAAAUCAAAUAUCUGUCUUUUUAAGGAACACGGUAUCACAGCAAUGGACAGUCAUAUGUGAUGCAAGACAGUUUUAAUAAACUUGUUUGGUUUGGUUGCCUUGACUCUUCCAGUCGUACUAAAGAUGGAUACAUAUCUGACUUAAACAUGUUUAUUUCCCAGAGAAUCAUAUAGGUGAUUUGAAUUGGUACUACGUUUGCUUAGCCAUGUUGAAUGUAAGUUAAAACAUUUGAAUGAACAACACAAAAAAUCCCCAAGAAUGUAAAAUCUCAAGCAUUGUUAUUUGUUCUUAUCACAUAAAUACAUGCAAGUCAGUGUCAUUGUUAUGCUCGCGAUGGAUGCGUGUUGCUAGAGAGGCGUGAUCUAUUAAAAUGCAGAUUGGCCUCUUGUUCUUGUUUACUUUAAAUAGACACUUUGGCAAAGGGCAUUCAUCAGUGUAACCUGACAUGUCUAGCUCAGCCUUUCUCUGUGGACACAGAGUGUGUUGCAUUUAAAGAGCUGUGGGUGUGAUUAAAGAGGGGUGAGGUGACAUUUGUGCGGUACAGGAAGGACUCUUUUCCAUACCCAUUCAGACAACAGCGUCUUAAAAGUAACCAUAAAAAUAUCUGAUGAGAUUUUAAACACUGUGGCUUGCUCAAUGGCAUAUUUGAUACUAUUAAUACACACUUUUCAUAGACUAAGGGAACAUUGAUUCUGACAUUAAAAUCUUGACAGUCCAUGUACCCCAAAUAGUAUUACGGUCCAGUCCAUGACGCAUUGCAGGUUUUUUUUAACUCCACUGUGGAUGUCUAUCCAAGCCUUAGUCCUAUGCAUCCAUGCAAUCAUGGUCUUAAACAAACAACCUCAGAAAAUGCAACAGGAAGCAUUUAGCACAAAUGACCGUCUCAUAGGCUAGCCUUUACAGGACAUACUGUAUAAACAGUGUUUUUCAGCACUCAAUGUGCUGUUUAAUAACAGCUGUAAAAGACCACCUGCUUUUCUCUGAUGCCAUCACAGAAAUUUGCUGGUGAAAGUGAUUCAGUGUUUUAACAUGUAGCUGCCAGAAUGACUUUCCUGUUACUUGUCUGUCAAAGGCUGUGAAUGAACUUUAGAUCUCAUUCGACAUUGACAUUAAGUAAUUCAAAACCUUCUUGGAUUUAUUUACCUUUAUAAACACACUCUCAGGCCCUUUUUCAGGAUGCUGCAUGAGAUUUGUAUUUUUUUCUAGGCUUUAUUCUUCAUCUUUGAAUUUUGUAAUGAUUAUGCUGGCAUUCACUAUACUUUAAGUACAUGGAAUUGACUGACACCAAACUGAAACUUU